UCUCUGCGGCUUUCGCCGAAGAGCAGCCAUGUUGGAUUGAAAUAGUUUUCAUCCCCUCUAAUCUGUGUGCCUGAAACAUCAUCAAGAACCAAGAAGAUAAGAAGAAGACCUAAGACUAUCUAAGAAUACGCUGUUGCUAUUUGGUUUGUGUUUGUGAACUUUUUUCAAAGUCAUAGUCCAAAGCAAAAGAAGACCUUCGUGAGAAGCUUGACUUGUCGCUAGCGUAAGAACGCUUACGCCACUAUGCAGAAGGGGAAAACUGCAACUUCCCCGCCUGCCAUGGUUAUUCCUAGAGGACCAUCACAACAAAAUGCCCGAGGCCCGCCUUCGUCACAGCAAAGAGCUGAGGAUUUCAAUCAAAGACCACCACAGACUUUCCCGAUGGGAGGGCAAAUGCAGCCAAAUGUUGUCAUGGGACCACUACCCAACCAACUGCAAGGACCGCCGGGUCAGCAGUCUCGCAUGCCAAAUCAACCAUUCUUUCCCCAUCAGAGGCCUAUGAGAAUGCCAAGACAUCAGACCCCAAAUAAUCCCCCUCUGUACUCCUCACCCCCUUCAGGGCAAUUUGUACAAUUUGUUAAUCCACAAGGAGCUCCUCAAGCCUUCAUACCACCAGGACAAGGUCAUCCGCAAUAUCAUGUUGAUUAUGGGCAAAUUCCUGGUCCACCUCAGAUGCAGUACAGACAUCAGCAACCCAUGCCAGGGCCAUUUCCUCCUGUAUCAGGUCCUUCCCAGGGUCCUGGCCAUUUUGUUUUUACUCCUCAACAAACAGGUUAUCCAGUGGGACAGCCAAGUCAUAUGUAUAUUCUUAGGGCUACUCCACCUCCCAUGAAUACAUUACCGCAGUACAGUCCUAGUCAAAAUUUUGAGCCACGCGCACGGGAGAGGAAAAUAAUUCAAAUAAAAGAUCCAAAUAGUAACAAAGAUGUGACACAGGAAAUUCUUAAUCGUCAACCAUCAGGAAGUGUAUCAGGAAGUGCAUCAGGAAGUACUGGGGGUACACCAACUAACACCCCAGAUAUAUCAGGACAGUCCAGUAGUUCAAGUACACCUCCACUAACGUCACAGCAACAAGAUAUGCGAGCACAGUUUGCAGCGCAGGUAGCUGCAACUUUAUCUAGUGACACAGAUAAAAACAAAAAACCAGGAGACAUAAUUAUACAGAAGCCAUCAGUAAAUAAUAAGUUGACUGUAGAUGCUUCCAAAUUAAAGGAUGUAGCUGAUACAUCAAAAGAUGAUUUGUCAAAGCAAACAGAAAUUAGUGCAAACACAACUGCUUCCACAGAAGCAAAAUUGGCUGAACAGCCAGUUGAAAAGAACUUAGGUACACAAUUAAAAGAGGAGUCCAAAUCAAGACAACCCAAAGAAGCUGUUCAGGGCUCUAAACUUGGAGAAGGAAUUUCAGUAGACACUCCAUUAGUCAGUUCAGUUGAUGCAAUAACAUCCACAAAAGAGAUAAUCUCUAAUGUUAGAGUAGAAAUUUAUACACCACAGGAUUUGAGCAACAAAGAAAUUCAACAGAACAAUGCAUCAGCCACUGAAGUUGUUAAACCUGUGGUUGAACCUGUGGAGGUAAUUGUGAAAAAGCCAGAAGUGGCUUCAGAAGAAGAAGAAAAAUCUUUGAAUGGACCAGUUGUACACUCUAGUGAGGAAGUAGAAGAAACAGAAGAGGUGAUCACUGUGGACACAAAUGUUGAGAUUGAAGCUCCACCGGUGGAGAAUGUUUUAGAACCUGCUGUGGACAGCAAGGCUGCUGAACAGGACAAUCAGCAAGCUCCCAAAGUUGAGCCAACCCUGGAGGAAUCUGCAGAAGAAGAAAUUAUGCCCAUAGCUCAGGAAUCAGAUGGUGGGGAAGUUGAGGAGGGGGUGAAUGGGCAUGAGGCUGACGCCAAAAUGGCAAUUGUUACAAAGAACUCUACUGAUGUUCAAGGAGCAGGGAAAGACAUGAAGAAGAAAAAACAGAACAAGCGUCUGAAGGACAUGGAGAAACGGUUCUCAGAGAAGGGAGUGGAUCUUAUGGAUGCUUAUACAGAGAAGCCUGUUAAGGAGGAGGUCCCUGAAGACACUGAGGAGCCUGCAGUAGAAGAAUCUAAAGAAGAGGAAGAGGCUGUUGAAGAGGUUCUGUCAGAGGAUGAAACAUGGGAGGACAAAGAAGAAUCAUCCUUUCCAGACCUUGAUGAAGAAUCUGAGCGACAAGAUGGGGGAAAGCUCACAUACGAAAGGGAUUUCUUGUUGCAGUUUCAGUCCAAUCCAAUGUGUAUGUUGAAGCCAGAGGGUCUGCCUGAUUUAGAAGUUGUUCUUGGCCAAGCAAGAACUCCCUCCAAAUCAGGAUUUUCUCAUAACAGGAUGCAACCCAAAGAUGGUGGUGAAAAUAUGUUUCUACCUGCUUACCUUAGGCAAAAUUCAAGAAAUAACUCCUCAAACCAAAGAGCGGGACGUAGAAAUGUUCCACCCAAGAAAGUGAUUGAUCUUGCUCCAAAAAUAGCUAGCACAGAGCAACUGAAAAGAACAGAGAAAAGAUGGAUGCGACCCAGUGAAGCUGUGAAAGAUGGCCUCAGUGAAGAACAGAUGAAGACUGAGGAGAUACUCCGCAAGGUGAGGAGUAUUUUGAACAAGUUAACACCCCAGAAGUUCCAGACAUUAACACAGCAGAUUAUUGACUUGGAAAUUAACACACAAGAGAGAUUGGAAGGUGCUAUAGACCUCAUAUUUGAAAAGGCCAUUGAUGAAGCUGCAUUCAGUGUGGCCUAUGCAAACAUGUGCAGAUGCCUCAUUCCUAAAAAAGUGUCAGUAGAGAAGGAUGGGACAACAAAAGAAUUGACCUUCCGCAAAAUUUUGCUCAACAAAUGUCAGAAAGAGUUUGAAAAAGAAAAGUCUGUUGAGAAGAGAAUUCAUGAGAAACUGGAGGAACUCACCAGCAAGGGCCUGAGUGAGGAGGAACUUGAAAUGAAGAAAAAUGAUCUUCGAGAUGAAGAGACCCAAGUCAAACGACGCACAUUGGGAAACAUCCGCUUCAUUGGAGAACUUUUCAAACUUAAGAUGCUGACUGAGAGUAUCAUGCAUGACUGUGUAGUGAAGCUGUUGAAGAGUAACGAUGAGGAGGCCUUUGAAUGCCUGUGCAAGUUGUUAGUUACCAUUGGAAAAGAUCUAGAUCAUGCAAAAGCCAAGCCGAGAGUGGAUCAAUACUUUGCUCAAAUUAACAAAAUAAUCCAAGCAAGAAUUACAUCAGCACGUGUCCGAUUCAUGAUGCAAGACAUUGUUGAUCUGCGUAAUAACAACUGGGUCCCUCGCAGGGAAGACAACAACCCCAAAACUAUUGAUCAGAUCCACAAGGAAGCUGCUGAUGCUGCGAAAAAGACACAAUUAAUGAUUCAAAUGGCAAAACAAGACAAAAAGCUCAGAGGUAACAUGGGUGGUCGAGACAGUCCCAGACCCUCUGGUGGUGUACCACAGGCUGAUGAGACUUGGACAACUGUCAGCAGAGGUCCAAAGAAUGUGAGCGUGGAUCCAAAGAGAUUCCAGAACAUCAAGCGCCCAGUUGAUUCUGAAAACAUCUCACUAGGACCUGGUGGUAAGGGAUUUUCAUCAUGGGCCAGAGGAAGCAGUGGAGGAACAGGAGCAGUAGGGGCUGGGGCUGGUCCAUCAGCUGCCUCUGCUGCUCCUCCUGCUGCUUCAGUUGAAGACAAUAGACCCACGGGCAACAGGUAUUCUGCAUUGGCAGGAGAGAGAAAGUACUCAGCACCUUCAAGACAAAAUUCUGGUGGCUCUGGUCGCCAAGAACCUAGGAGUCCAAUGGGAGGUGGAAGGCGAGCACCUUUUGGGGCAGGAGAGCGAGAAAAGGCUCUAGAAGCUGUUCGAGCGGUAACACAACCAAAGCGCAAUACCCAAGAACGUGAAGGAGGAAGGGAAUCUCCAAGGCUGACACCUGAGGCACCUUCAACUCCAGAGCCCACUUCUGCUUCAGUUUCCCCUGCACCAGAACUCACCCCUGAAGCGAUGAAAAAGAAGGCCAAGGCCAUUAUUGAAGAGUAUCUGGAUAUAAGAGACAUGAAGGAAGCUGUUGAGUGCGUUAAAGAACUUCAGUCACCUUCAACACAUCAUGUCUUUGUGACGGUUGCAUUCAACCACACAGUUGAGCAAAAAGAAUCAAGUAGAAAGGCCAUUGGUAGACUGUUCCAUAUCCUGCUCCGUGAUGGGGUGCUCACAAAUGAACAGUACCUCACUGGGGUUGAACCAAUCAUGAAAAGUGCUGAAGAUCUUGAAGUUGACAUUCCACUGCUGUGGAAGUAUCUUGCCGAGAUGAUGGGACAAUCAGCUUUUGAUGGAAAUCUGAAUCUUGAUAAGCUUCUUUUGGAUUGUGUCCUAAAAUAUGUGUCAAAACAGAAAGCUGCUAAACUAUUUUUCCACUUGUUGGAGACUGCAGCAAAUGACACGAGUCGGGAAGAUGUGUCUGCCAUCUUGAGUAGGUACAAUGUCCGGUUGAAUGCCUUCUUCGACACUGAUGAAGAAGCUAUUGAAUUUGCCAAGGAUAAGAAUAUUGAAUUUGCCCUCGGUCAAGUCAGUUCAUCACAGAAUGUUGGCUCAGCCACACAACAUUCUGCAAAAAUACAAGAAGAACUUAGGAAUCUUAUAUUGAAGAGAAAGGCCAGAAACGAAGAAGUGUUUGAGUGGAUUGACGAACAUGUUCCUGAAACAGAAACCAAGGAAGCACCCUUCAUUAGAGCUCUUGUAACAGCUGUUUGUGAGGAUACAAUGGAAAACGAAGAUGGAGGACAAUGUAAAUGCAACGUCAACCAUAUGAAGGUCAGAAAAAGUCUUCUUCAAAAGUACAUCGACGUCAAUACGCAUCUUGAACUCCAGGCGCUGUUUGCAGUGCAGGCACUCUUUGUACAGCUGGAUCAUCCGCCAGGUUUCAUCAAGUCCUAUUUUGACACAUUAUAUGACGAGGAAGUCAUCACAGAAGAUUCAUUCAACGCCUGGGAAAGUAGUUCCGAAGAACAACUAGGUAAAGGUGUGGCCGUAGCCGCCAGUUUAGAGUUCUUCCAAUGGCUUAGAAGCGCUCCUGAAGAGCCUGCGGAGGAGAGCUGAUCCAUUCGCCUGAUACUGGAUUAUUUUAUCGUAAGAUCUACGAAUCGGGUCAACUCAAUUUGAAAAGAAAUGCUUGAGGAUAACUUCUUCAACGCCAAUGGAAACGGAAAACAAAUUUAAACUGAACACUGAAUCGGUGCUGAAUUUCGUAAGGAUAUUGUUGACAGAAUGCGAGGGAUCGUGGAAAAUUCGCGAGUACUUCGACGAGAUAUUUAUGGAAGGUUGUGUGAGACCUUUCAAUUUAAAAUGGUAUGCGACUAACGCGUUACCAAAGUCUUGGUAUCGCAUGUCACAUCUGCUGUUUCCAGUGGUGAGCCGAUGAUCAGUUGUAUCAUGUGGCGCCUCGGUGGUUGAAUUAAUUAAGGUUUCUUGCGCGCUAGAGUCGGACAGACAGGUCUGCUGAAGAUAAGAAGACUGUAAAUACGGCGGAACAAGACUAAUAAUUAUUGUGGAACAAAACAGAAGAAUCCAUAUUUUGUGCCUGGAGAAGAGAAAAUUAAUAAAUUAAUGUUUGAAUGAAUGA